UCAGAGGCAGCGCACAGGUUCUUGGCUCGGACCUACAUGUCAGUCGGACUAGCGCUGGGACCCGUGCACUUGGUUGUAUGACUUACUGGAUUUGCCUGGUGCCUUUAACUUGAGUUUAAGCUUCUGCAUAUAUAUUUAAACACACGAUGUUUUUAAAAGAUGCGCCACCUGUUUGCGAAUGUUGCAGAAAACUGGUAGAGGACUGCUCACCUUGCUGUUGUUAGUGAUGGAGUGGACCCGGCCUGGCCUAUCGUCCCCGCUGAGGCCAAUCUGUGACCUGAGGGUCCUGGACCAUUUCAUCAAAGAAGCACGAGACGCAGAAGUCGCUAUGAAGUCGUGCAGAGAAGGAUGCAGCCUGUCAGAAUCUGUCUCUGUUCCCCAAACCACGGUCGACUUUGAUGUCUGGGAGAAGAAAAAUGGAUUAGAUCAAGCCCACGAGGUGCAGUCUGGCUUGUGGCUCUUACAACAGGCCCUGGGGUUGCUAAGGACCUCAGUCACCAACACAGCUCUGCAUAGCCACUUAGAUAACUCCAUCAGAAACCUGCUCAGCAUCAAUGCUGUGCUGCGCAGCCUCAACAUCCAGGAGUAUACCCCACCAGCAAGUGCAGCGGAGCUUGAAGGAACAUGGAGGGUGUCCUCGGCAACAGAUUUGCUUCAAGUUCACGUCAACUUCCUGCGUGGCAAAGUGCGCCUCCUUCUCAUGGAUGCACAGGCCUGCCAGCAAGACGUCAGCUGAUCUCUCCAGGCGAAGCUCAUUUGUGUUUACGAAGGCAAGAGGAGGGACUUGACACUGUUGACCCGCACGCUGGCUGCUGGAACCAAGAGUGGAAUGAGAGAAAGAUGCAGCCGUCCUCACACACACGGGGACGAAGCUGGAAGGAGAGGACAGUCCCAGCAAGGCUUUGGAUGGACAGGAGAUGAUUGCACCUUGGAAAGUAGAUGUGAAACAGUGACAUGUUGAAGCACACACUGACCAAAAUGAGGCCUUUGGGAAGCACUGCUCCAAGCUGUUCUACUGGCACUAUCUUGCACUUUGUGUGUGUGAGUUGAGACAGAUUCAAUCUGUACCUAGUGUGUAUGUUCCCUGUGUGUUGUACCCCUACUCUCACCUUUUUACAGUCAAUUUUGGAGUGAAACACAUAGUAAAUAUUGGAGGACUGAGGUUACAAAAGAGCAUCCAUUUCCAUAACCAAAAUGAACGAGGCCCUGCCCCAAAUCCUUUAACAUGUUUCAACUAUGCCUCACAUUAGUCCCUCCUUGUGGAUUUGUUUGCAAUGAAUAUUUUUAUAUAUAUAUGUUAAAGUUGUGCGAUUACUAUUUAUACAGAUUUUCUACUUUUUAACUUGUCUUUUUUAGUGUCGGAUCUUAAAGAUUGUAGUAUUGCCAUGUCCUCUUGUGUAACACUGUACAAUAUUGCAAAGCUGUUUGUUGACAUCAUUUGCAAUAGCACGCUGCUGUCUUCGUUUUUAUAAAAUUGUUUGUACAAAACAAGCCGUUAGAUUCACAUUGCACGCACCUUUCCACAGAACAGAGGACUAAAGAGUUGGAGCAGAGGUUACAGUUUCUCGAGGUCAGUGAGAAGGUGGCUGGAGGGUUACAUGAGAACUGUGAAGCUGUUUUGUCACUAUCUGUGUUUUUGUUGCUGCCUAACCAACACUCUGUCUCCACACACUGAUAGCCGGACUGCCCGGAAAAAAGCUGUUUGGCUUGUACAAGUAACAUCCUGUGAGGUGCAACUGCAAAUAGUUUUCCAGAAUCUGACGUUAACACUGUUUUUUGCCGUUUCUUAUUCGUCAACAAACAACAUGCAAGCAAUUAGUUAGCGCUGGGAACUUCCAUAAAGUUGAUGUUCAUCUCUUUCAGACCGGUAAAGUGUUCUUCCUUGUUUUCUUCCGUAUUUUAAAAUCUUGUUCCAAGUGCAAGUUGUUUUUUGAGGAUGUUUGUACAUGUUUUCUUUCCUGUUGUUUUUGUGUUGAUUUGUCCCCUAACUGUAUUAUUUGCUAUUUAAAUACAAAAUAUUAUUCACGGAUAAAGAAAAGAUAGAUGGAAACACAACAA